AUCCAGAGAGAAAGUAAAAGAACAGCAGGUGAACAGCUGCAAGAUCAACUGAUACCAUUCAGCCUCUGUGCCAACCAAUUCAACUCACAAUAGUGCACCGAUGCACCAGUGCUUGCAUAUUUAAUGCCAUAAUUGAGAUGCAUUUGUGGAUAUGAACACAAUACACCAAGCUGCUUUUCAUGAGACCUCUAGUCAAAGCACUUUAAAAUGACUGAAAGCAGCACGAAGGAAGAGUUUCUCACAAAAUAAAUAAUCAUCAUAGAGAAUUAUGGGGGGAAAGUGAAAUAUAAAAUGCUCAGACACAUUACAGUAAUGAGCAGUGUUGUUAUAAACUAUUUUAAAAAGACAAUAAAAUGAGAAGAAAAUAAAAACAAUGAAAAUACAAAUGUUUCUUUGGAAACUAACUUAAGUUACUAAAAGUGAAAUUUAUAUUCAGAUUCUUCAUUUUAAAAAAAUCUAAAAACAUAAAAUCACUAAAACUAGAAUAUUGUUGUACUAUAUUCAGUAUUGUUAUUUCACCCUAGCAGCAUACUUCCAGUACUCCCAGCAUGUGAACGGGUCAGUAAUCUGAUGCUCAGAUGUCUCCACUGACCGACAGGACACAUUCACAUCCAAGAGAGACCGCCUUUGACGGCAGCUAAAUGAUGAAAUGCUGCCAUUAUCAGAGAACUAAAGGCCUCGCAGUGGCCGACACCUGAUCUGCCAUGUCUCACUGCGGCCCUUUGUGCCAGUAUUUCAUAUCUGAAAUAUCUGCUGGCAUUCAGCUGCAGUCGACAGCCAGUUUGCCAUGGAGCUGCAAGCAUGGGGAACAAACAGACCAUCUUUACAUCCCAGCAACUGGACGCAUAUCAGGACUGCACUUAUUUCACCAGAAAAGAGAUUCUGAGACUGUUUCAUCGAUACCGUGAUUUAGCUCCGCAGCUCGUGCCGCUGGACUACAAAAACCAACCGGAAGUGCGUUUGCCCUACGAGCUGAUUGGCAGCAUGCCGGAGCUGAAGGACAACCCGUUCAGGCAGAGGAUCGCUGAGGUUUUUUCAGAGGAUGGAGAAGGAAACAUGACUUUGGACGACUUUCUGGACAUGUUUUCAGUGCUGAGUGAAAUGGCACCACGUGACCUGAAGGCAUAUUACGCUUUUAAAAUCUACGACUUCAACAACGAUGACUUCAUCUGUAAAUCAGAUCUGAACCUGGGAAAAACCUUAAAUAAACUGACUCGUAACGAGCUGACCGAGGAUGAGGUGAGGAUGGUGUGUGAGAAGGUGAUUGAGGAAGUGAUCUGGACAAUGAUGGACCGUCUGUCUCUGGAGGAUUUCCAGCACAUGAUCAUGAGAGCGCCUGACUUCCUCAGCACCUUCCACAUCAGGAUAUGA